AUGUCCCUUACUACUCCCCCUCUUGGAUACCCCGUACCGAACGCCCGACAUGCCGUCUCUGUACAGCUUCCCACUUGGUCCGACAUGUGUGGGUUUGCCGCUGGUGACCCCCAAGUGAAAUCGGUACAAAGAACUGGGUAUCCACGGUCAUUUUUACACAAGGAUAUUGAAGAGGUGUCCAAUGCGAUUCUCAGACACUUCCACUCAAAUGAAUCGGUCCUUGUCUAUCUCAGUGCAGCAUCAGCAUCAGCAUGUAAGGCUGCAAUGGAGAAGAAUGGUGACAAUGCCGCCACAUCUCAAAUUGUCAUCCGUGUGAUGGAGGCCAAUAUAGACAGCGUCGACCGCGGUGAGCUGUCAGGCUCGCUUGUUUAUCUCUAUGCGGUAUUUUUCCCAAAGAGCCUCUUGCCCCAGGCACUGACAUUCUGGAGAUUGACGGGUCUCGGUAUCUCGUCGAGACUGGCAGAGGCAUGUCUGAAGUAUCUCGGGAGUAUCCGUGAAGCGUGGAUGCCUGAAACAAUGACAGCCCAGCUCGCACCGACAAGUUCCGGUGCAUUUGGCCGUGAUCGAGUGUGCACGAGAGUUGUGGAACUCCUCCAGCGAGCUUCCCUCAACCCGCCAGCAGUGGCAGGUCUCAAAACGGACGAUGUCUUUCUCUACCAGACGGGAAUGGCUGCUAUAUACCAUGUGCAUCAGCUACUUCUAGAUUGGCGGGGAGGAGAAAGCGUGGUGUUUGGAUUCCCUUAUGAAUUAACACUGAAGCUGCUAGAGGAGUAUGGACCGCGCACUCGGUUCUACGGCUUCGGCACGGAAGAAGAGCUCGAUGAUUUAGAGGCUUAUCUGGCCCUAGAGGCUAAGGAAAACAGAAAAGUUCAGGCUGUGUGGUGCGAAUGCCCAUCCAAUCCGUUAUUGAGAACACCCAACUUCGCCCGUCUGAGGCGGUUGGCAGAUCAAUAUGGGUUUGUCAUCGUGGUUGAUGAGACAAUCGGCAGCUUCGCCAAUGUUGAUAUGUUUGGAGUGGCUGAUAUAAUCGUCACGUCACUUACGAAAAGCUUCAAUGGAUUUGCAGAUGUCAUGGCUGGGAGUAUCGUUCUCAACCCUUCAAAGCCACAUUAUCAAGAUCUCCAAAAGCUCAUGUCUCUGAACUAUGCCUCCGAGGUCUACGAUGGAGAUAUUGCCCAGCUCGAGUUGAACAGUCGAAGUUUCCUCGCGCGUGUUACUGAAAUCAACACCUCCGCUUCGUCGCUCGUUGAUCACCUUUACGCCCAGUCAAAAGCUCCCAACAGCACCAUUACCGCGGUCUAUUAUCCUACGGUCUGCUGGAGUACGGAGAACUACCGCGCACAAAUGCGGCACCCAACGCCUGAAUUUACUCCUGGAUAUGGAGGGCUUUUUACCCUCGAAUUUGACACUGUGGCAGCCUCAGAGGCGUUCUUUGAUGCGUUGAAUGUUCAUAAAGGUCCAUCGUUGGGGGCACAAGUGACUCUCGCUCAACCUUACGUCCAGACUGUCUUCCGCAACGAGAAACCCUGGGCGGCCAAGUACGGACUAAGGGAGACGAUUGUUCGGAUUUCUGUUGGGUUGGAGCCUCAGGACGAGCUGUUGAAAGCAUUCCAAGUGGCGGUUCACGAAGCUGAUAAAACCAAACUCUCCUCUCCUCGCUCGCACCUGUGA